AUGAACACAACAGCAGGUGUAUCAAGUUCCCAAAGCUUCCCCAGUCUGAUAAACCCGGUAGCAGAAAAACUUGAGAAAACAGUUGCUUACACUCCGAUCGCUGUUCUUGCUUUGGCGGGAAAUUCUCUCAUCGGAAUAAUUGUCUGCAAAACUCCAACUUUAAGAAAACCAAUUAACCCAUUGAUCGUGAACAUGGCCAUGUCAGACUUGUUUUAUCCAAUAUUCCUGCUUCCUGUUCGACUGGCGGAAUUGCACGUUGGCUCGUGCCUUAUUGGUGGUGCCCUUGGUCAGGCCUUGGGCAAGCUACACGUUUUCCUUGUAGAUGUCUCAUCGUUAGUAUCGAUUCAGAGCCUGAUUCUGAUAACAGUGGAUGGAUUCUGA